AUGGAGCAACUCAAGCAACUUCAUUUCUCACCAGAACAACCAUUUGGGUUGAAGUUAUACCCCUUUUUUGAAAAGGCAUAUGAAACGGUCGUCGGUCAAAAGACAUCUGAAUUUAAUUAUCAAUCUGGCGUGACACCUCUCUCUACUGUCAAUGAAGUUACUAUCACUUGUAUCACCUACUUCAUUGUUAUUUUUGGCGGACGUUAUUUGAUGACCAACUUGCCAGCUUUCAAACUCAAAAUACCUUUCAUGAUCCACAAUCUACUGUUGACAUUGGUGUCUGGUUUUCUAUUGGCUUUGAUGAUUGAGCAAAUUUUUCCCAUCUUAUAUCGUCAAGGCAUUUUGGCAGCCAUAUGUGCUCAAGAGACAUGGACUCAACCUUUAGAAUUGCUUUAUUAUUUGAAUUAUCUUGUCAAGUAUUGGGAGUUGAUUGAUACCUGUUUCUUGGUAUUGAAAAAGAAGAAAUUAGAAUUCCUUCAUUACUAUCACCAUUCUUUAACCAUGGUCCUUUGUUUUACUCAAUUGAAUGGAAGAACUUCUGUGUCGUGGGUUCCUAUUACACUCAACUUGACUGUUCACGUGUUGAUGUAUUAUUACUACUUCCGUACAGCUGCCGGUGCUAAGAUUUGGUGGAAGAAAUAUUUGACUACUCUCCAGAUUACUCAAUUCAUCAUUGAUCUCUGUGCUGUUUACUUUUGUACUUAUACAUAUUUCGUAUAUACUUACUGGCCGUUCUUGCCCAACAAGGGAAGCUGCGCUGGUACCGAGACCUCUGCUAUCUUUGGUUGCGCCCUCCUCUCUUCUUAUCUCUUGCUCUUUAUCAACUUUUACCGUAUUACUUACCAAGCCAAGAAGAAGCACGCUGCUGCUAUGAAACAACAACAAUUAAACAGUGAUGAAAACCAUCGACUCUGUGCGAAAAAAUUCUUUGCUUUGACUAUAUUUCAGCCAUAG